AUGCCGUAUUCAACUUCUCUAAAUCCAUCAUGGCCCAACUACGUGGGAGUCAUCGGAACAUUACUUGCUGUUGUUUUGGGACUUGGUAGAUAUGCACUACUUGACUGGUGGGACCCAACACAUUGCCAGGCCUUGCUCAAUAGCGGAACUUGGUUGGAUCAGAAAACAUGGCAACCUGACGGAUGCAUGCUGCACAUGUAUACCGCCCAGGAUGUCGCUACUUGUGCCCACUCACGAGAAUUUGCCUUCAUCGGAGAUUCCGUAACGCGUACCCUUUUUUUCCAGUUCGCAAACAUCGUCGAUCCGGAACUUCCUGCAGGACCGCCAGACGAUGACCAGAAACACGCGGAUUACAACUUCAAGGCGGCCAAGUCUGGCAUCACCGUGUCCUUUCAUUGGGAUCCCUACCUUAACAGUUCUCGGACUCUCAACGUCAUCUCCGCCGACGUAUCACUCUCUCGGAGUUUUCAGCGGCCUGCUCUUCUUGUCCUGGGCUCCGGCCUUUGGUAUCUGCGGUACGCUGAUACCACGGGGGGUAUACCCUCGUGGGAGGCCAACAUGGAACGCGUCUUGGAUGCCAUAAGUCGUGGUAGAUCGAAGCCGGCGGACGAAGUAGUGAUCCUCCCCGUUGAGGAGGUGGCGCCUUCGAAACUUUCUCGCGAGCGUGGACGAACAAUUCGCCUGGCGGAGAUAGAUGCUAUGAACUCAGAUCUUUUCCAUCGCAUAAACCAACCAUCCCCAGAAUACGCCCAUCUGCCGGGAAGAAUGCUUCCUUUCAUGCCUGUGUCGCUUCCGCUUGUCUUCAACAACGUUCUGGAUCCUGCGCAAACCCAGGACGGUCUGCAUUUUUCCUCGACUAUUGUCAAACAGCAUGCCAAUAUCCUCAUCAAUCUUCGUUGUAAUGAUGCAUUACCCAAACACUUUCCUUUUGACAAAACUUGCUGUCGAAGAUACCCAUGGCCAGUGCCGAUGCAUUUUGUCAUCCUUAUUGCGGCGAUUUCGUGGGGUCCAUGGGCUGUGUUCUUCUCUCAGCCACCGGGCAAUCGCUUAGCACGUGUACCUGUCGUGAAAGGCGAACAGCUUCCUCUCCUCGUUUUCAGUGCUUCUGUCGCCCUCAUAUACGGCGCAGACAGAACGGGUUUGUGGUUGAAAGAGCAAAAGUCCUUUAAUCCAUGGACAUUCGGCUUUUUGAGCAUCUGCAGUCUUGCAAUCGGAUUUUUGACCGUCAAACAAGCCGACAAGGAUUUGGGGUUCCUCAAUCGCGACCAAACAGAUGAAUGGAAAGGGUGGAUGCAAAUCGCCAUAUUGAUCUACCAUUACCUCGGAGCGUCGAAAAUAUCUGGAAUAUACAACCCUAUCCGUGUACUUGUGGCUGCAUACUUGUUCAUGACUGGUUAUGGUCACACGACGUAUUAUAUUCGAAAGGCAGAUUUCGGCUUUCUUCGAGUUGCCCAGGUCAUGAUCCGUUUGAACAUGCUGACGCUUGUUCUAGCAUACACGAUGGAUGCGGACUACCUAUUCUACUAUUUCGCGCCUCUGGUUUCUAUGUGGUUCAUCAUCAUCUAUGCGACUCUCGCCAUUGCUUCCCAAUUCAAUGACCGAACCCCAAUUCUUGUCGGCAAACUGAUGCUAUCGGCUGCGAUUGUUACCUGGUUCAUGAAACAAGAUUGGCUAUUAGACGGUCUUUUUCAGUUACUUGAUCAGGUAUUUGGUAUACGGUGGUCAGCACGGGAGUGGGCGUUCCGCGUGAACCUCGACCUCUGGAUCGUGUACGUUGGAAUGUUCACAGCCAUUGGGGUCAUCAAGGCUCGCGAACACAGAUUAACCGAGCACCCUCACUGGCCACUUGCCGUCAAGGCGACUAUCGUGCUCGCGGUUUUUGUAAUGUUCUGGUAUUUUGCAUUUGAGCUGACACAAGAGUCCAAGUUCACAUACAACACAUGGCAUCCCUACGUGUCGUUCCUUCCCGUCCUAUCAUUCGUGGUGUUACGAAAUUGCAGCGUCGUGCUCAGGUCCACUUCCUCGCGCGCAUUCGCCUUCAUCGGAAAAUGCUCGCUCGAAACGUUCAUCAUCCAGUAUCAUUUUUGGCUUGCGGGUGAUACAAAGGGUGUUUUACUUGUCGUACCAGGGACAAGGUGGCGACCCGUCAACUUUGUUGUAACAACAUUCCUGUUCAUCUUCAUAUCGCACUGGUUCGCUAAAGCCACAGGGGACAUUACUGCGUGGAUAUGUAAUGAUCAGCCGAAGUCGCUACCAGCCCCAGCUACAUCACACCAUCACCACACGCCUCCUGUGUCUCGUCAAACUGAGACGCCCCCGAAUGGCGGUCAGGAUGUACCCCUCAUGCCAAUGAACACGGACCAAGCGAAUAAGACCGAUACUACACGGCAGCCACCGAGGUGGAUAGAUCGGCUUGCCGAGGGCUCUCCGCAGUCCUCUCCUAGAUUUGAGGGCUGGAAAUCGGCUGCUCGCUGGUCAACGGGUAUCAAGGCGAGGACGGCCUCGAUACUUAUUCUCAUGUGGUUGACAAACAUUUUGUGGACGCGUACUUGA